AACACAAAAGCACCUGCUGCUCCUAGCAUAUUCACUGGAUUUCAUCUCGUUCAUCCGGAAGAACCAGCACCAAAGACGGAUUUAAAGUCGCUCGCCACCGAAGAGAACAUACUAGCAGAUCCAAUUAUUCAACAAAAACUUCUUCACUCAAAUGAAAAGCUAGCACAGGAAGGACAAGUAAGACAUUUCAAAACAGCUGCAGCUAUAACCAAGGGAGUCAGUCCGACAGUCGGCAGCAGAGAAAUUGAUAUUGAUGAAGGUCUUCCCGCAGGAAAGAUCCAGGAAGGAGCAAAGCCGCGAAAUGCUCGAUCAGCCGAAAGAACUCAAGCGUCAUUUGCUCUCCCAGCUAAAGCGGCAAAGCGGAGGAAAGCGUCGCAUAAUGAGCUCCCUGAUCGGAAAAUCAACGAUAUGGGAGCAAAGGACAUGUGGCUGCCUAUGGCUAAAACACAAGUGAUUUCAUCACGGUCCAACGAGCGACCCGGUUCUGUCUCUUUAUGGUCGGCCGAGUCUGCUGCAAAUGAUAUCCCGAACAAAUGGGAAGUUAGG